AACAAUGAUUUUGAUAUGAAGUUUCUGUCUGCCGGAAUUAAGAAGUUUUGAAUAUUUUUCAGGUUAAGAGUUUUGAGUAGGGUUUUGUGCGAUCAUGGCAUUCGGAGAAUGUUAUGGAUUGUGGAAAGCUGAAGAGUCAUGUUAUUCAAACUCGUGGAAUUGGGAACCUGUGAUAUUGUCUGAAACUGAAUACUGCCCAGAAGCUGUUCGACAAUAUGUUCUUGCUUCUCACAAAAGCGAGACUUUGAAGGAAAAAGUACGGAAGCAUCUUGGAUAUCUUGGAUGGCAAAUUCACAAAUAUCGUAAUCAUCUCAGGUACAAGCCACCCCAUGGAAUCUUGUGUCGCAAGAAAUUUUACUACUCACUUAUUGAGAUCUGUAAAGCUAUGCAAAUGGAAUCCAGUGUGAACUCUUCUUCUGUUGCUGUUGCUGUUGCAAUGCCAUAUUGUCCUCAAGCCAUUGUUGAAUACCACAAACAUGCACUCGACCCGACUUUGCAUGAUAAAAGAAAACUUAUUUCAAAUAUAAGAAACUAUCUCGUCAAAGAAGGAUGGGUUUUAACUGAUCCGCCCCUUGAAAAUAGAAGAAGGGGUGUGUUAUAUACUUCCCCGCAAAAGCGGAAAUUUUUCUCACUGAGCACUGUAUGCAAAUUCCUAAUUGAGGAAAGUACUAAAAGAUCGUCUAUUUCUGGCAUUCAACCUCUAAAUGCCUCCUCGGUUGUUAACAAAGAAAGUGUUGAUUGGGUACCAAGUGAUGAUGACUUAUCAAGUAAAGCAUCACAUUUGCUUUCUGAUGAGACCGAGUUAUACACUAUAGACAGGGUUGCUACAAAUAGGUCAAAGCGAAAACGCCAUGAAUCAAGAUCUCUAGCUGUGGUGCCUUCUUCUGUUGCAGUGGCAGGUGAACAAGCUACUCCUUCUGCGGCAUAUUGUCAACCCAUUUUUGAAUACCACAAACAUGCACUCGAACCGAAUUGGCAUGGUAAAAGAAAACUUAUUUCAAAAAUAAGAAAGCAUCUCGUCGAAGAAGGAUGGGUUUUAACUGACCCGCCCCUCGAAAACAGAAGAAGGGGUGUGUUAUAUACUUCUCCGCAAAAACGGAGGUUUACCUCACUGAACAUGGUAUGCAAAUUCUUAAUUGAGGAAAGUAAUGGAAGAUCAUCUAUUUCCGGCAUUGAACCUUUAAUGCGAAAACGCGAUGAAUCAAGUCUAAGGAUGAGAUCAAAUAAAAGAGUGCGAAAAUUUUCGGUCCCUUCUCUAUCACAUCAGAAAGCUCUGAAUGUUGUUUCUUGGUUGAUAGACAGCAACGUGGUGUUACCAAGGUCUAAGGUUUGUUACGUAGCAAAAAGACAGCGUGUCAUGGCUUCUGGUCGAUUAACUCAGGAUGGAAUCAAGUGUAAAUGUUGUCAUAAAAUAUACAGUCUUGUUUCCUUCGAAUUUCAUGCCAUUGGCAGUAAUACCACCAGACCAAGUGCUAGUAUCUUUCUGGAUGAUGGUAGGUCGCUCUUACAGUGCCAGAUACAAAUAAUGCAAGAUCAUGUGUCAAGGGUAGCUAUGGUAAAAUCACAGACUCAUAUGUGUCAGAGUGAAAACGACUACAUUUGUUCCGUUUGCCGCGACGGGGGCGAACUUCUUUUGUGUGAUCGGUGUCCGUCUUCAUUUCAUAAGACGUGUCUUGGUCUUGAGGAUGUCCCUGAUGGUGACUGGUUUUGUCCAUCAUGUCUUUGUGGGAUUUGCGGCCAAAGAAAAUUCAAUGGGGGCGGUGAGGAUGGACAUUUCCUUAAAUGCAUUCAGUGUGAACAUAAUUAUCAUGUUGCAUGCCUGAUAAGUAGAGGUACAUGUAAGUCCAGAAGUUAUGCGGAAAGCCGGUUUUGCGGAAAAGACUGUGAAAGGUUAUAUGAAGGUCUUCAAAGAAUGUUGGGAGAGCCAGUUUCAGUGGGUGUGGACAAUCUAACAUGGACACUGGUGAAGUCUAUCGACUCUGAGAGUUGUGAUAUUGAUAGUAGUAAAAGUGGAUUAUUGGCAGAAAGUUACAGCAAACUCAAUGUUGCUCUUUCUGUGAUGCAUGAAUGUUUUGAGCCCCUAAAGGAACCCUCCUCUGGCAGAGAUCUGGUGGAAGAUGUUAUAUUCAGCAGAUGGUCAGAACUUAAUCGAAUGAAUUUCCGGGGUUUCUAUACUGUACUUCUAGAGAAAGAUGAAGAUCUGGUCAGUGUGGCAACUUUUAGGGUCUUUGGAGAUAAGGUGGCUGAAGUACCUCUCGUUGGUACCAGAUUUCAAUAUCGUCGACAUGGAAUGUGUCGCAUCUUAAUGGAUGAACUGGAAAAGAAACUCAUGCAAUUAGGAGUGAAGCAGCUUGUUUUGCCUGCUGUUCCCAGUGUGGUUGAUACGUGGACCGGUCCUUUUGGCUUUUCAAAGAUGACAGAACUUGAGAGGUCAAAGUUUCUGGACUAUACUUUCCUAGAUUUUCCAGGUACCAUCAUGUGCCAGAAGUUCUUGACAAAGACGCCGUCUCCAGAUUCUGUUUUGACAUUAGAGUUCCAACAAAAACUCGGUGCUAUGUCCGAAAGCAGUAGUGCUAAUAAGUCUCCAGUAUCUGAAGUUUGCCAAGCAGGACAGAUAGUUAUAAAAGAUAAGUCGGAUACACCAAUGUUGGAUGCUUUUGAAGGUGAAAGCGAUAAUGAUAAUGUAUCUAACAAACCUGUUAUUGACUGUGUCACCAUGGCGGAUCAACCAGUUCUUGAGGAUGAACAACAUUGCCAGAAUGGAACCUCCACUGUACAAGGCUCUUCUGAAAAAUGGAAGAAUGUCUUGCAUUAUUAUAGACGGAGGAAAGUGAAAGGGUAGCAUGAGUAUGAUUAUGAUGCUUGUGAGUAAAAGGGAAACACAAUAUUUUGUUGAAGGGGAAUACUUAAUGUGUUGAUCACAUUAUUUUCAGUGAUAACCUCUUUCUUUGUGUUUCUUUGGUACAAAGUAUACAUGUUUAUAAGUAGGAGAUUUUGCCUUUAUAAAUUGAGGUAGUUUUGAGUUUGAUGGA